AUGCCCGAUACGCGCCAGCAGAGCUUUGACGAGAUCUAUGGUCCUCCCGAGAACUUUCUCGAGAUUGAGGUCCGAAACCCGAGAACCCACGGCAUGGGCCGCCACAUGUACACCGACUACGAGAUCCUCUGCCGCACAAACAUCCCCGCCUUCAAGUUGCGCCAGAGCAGCGUCCGCCGCCGCUACUCCGACUUUGAGUACUUCCGCGACAUCCUCGAGCGCGAGAGCGCCCGCGUCACCAUCCCGCCCCUCCCCGGAAAGGUCUUUACCAACCGCUUCAGCGACGACGUCAUCGAGGGCCGCCGCGCCGGUCUGGAAAAGUUCCUCAAGAUCGUCGUCGGCCAUCCGCUGCUGCAGACGGGGAGCAAGGUCCUGGCUGCUUUUGUUCAGGAUCCCAACUGGGACCGCAACGCCUGGUGA